AUGGAUCUUUCCGCCGCAAGCGCCCUCGCCGUCCUCAGCAAGCUGCAGCUCCUCGGCUUCUGCGUCGGCCUCCAGAUCCCCGACGACGCCGCCGACCCCUCCGAGGUGUUCGACACCAUCGUCGCCGCGUUCCUGCGCGAGGUCUACCCCGGCGAGCGCGAUGCGCGCCCGCUCCCGGCCGCCCUCGGCGACGGGCGCCGCGUGGACCUCCUCCGCCUCUUCACCGCCGUCCGCGCCGCUGGCGGCUACGCCGUGUCCUCGUCGCCCUCUGUCGGCGCCGGCGUCUGGGCCGCAGCCGCCGGAUCUGCCGCCCUCGCCGCGCCCGUCAAGCUGAUCUAUGCCAAGUACCUCGGCGCGGUGGAGCGCUGGAUCCAGAGGCUCCCGGAGGCGCAACCACCGCCGUCUGACGAGAUGCGGCAGGAGAUGCUCUGCGUCCGCGGUGCCAAUGGAGUUGAGAUGGAGAACUGCAAUGGGAGGGAUCAGCAGCACGGGGCGCUGAAGAGGAAGAGGGAAGACAUUGCUGGGAUGCUGGAUUGGGUGAGGGGGCUCGCCGAGAGUGUCUCGGAGGAGGGCGCCAUCGCCGCCGGUUUGGCGGAUGGAUACUUCCCGGUGGCAUUGGCGGCGCGGGAGGCGGUGUCCAGGAAGAGGGCACGCCGCGCAAGCGUGACCAACGGCGCGCUCUUGCAGGAAAUUGGUUGCAGGUGCUGCAGGAGUACCACCUGUGCCAGAAUUGAUGUUCAAUGCAGCAAAAUUGUUCAACAACCUGGUUCGGAUACUAAUAAUCUAACAAGAGUUGUUGAUGUGAAUGGAUCCUCAAUGGUCAUAGAACAGGCGAGCAGUGUGAACGGACAAUUGAAGCAUUCUAAAAGUCAGCAGAGGAACAAACUACUAGUGGGCCCCAAUUAUCAAGCAGUGGUGCCACAGUGGACCGGCGUUCCGCCUGAAAAUUACGGCGAUCCAGAAACCCUCAAAUGGCUGGGCACAAAAAUCUGGCCUCCAGAAAAUGAGAAGAAAAUAACCCCAACCUACCAUGACCGUAUUGGCAAAGGCAGAGAAUAUGUUUGCAGCUGCAACAUCCCGCGAUCAGUAGAAUGUGUCAGGUUUCACAUUGCAGAAAGGCGGCUUCAGCUGAGACGUGAACUCGGCUCUGCUUUCUACCAGUGGGGAUUUGACCGUAUGGGCGAGGAGGUUGCCCUUUCUUGGACAGAUGAAGAGGAGGCAAGUUUCAAGGCUGUAAUGCAGACCUAUGCGCCAUCUCCAGGAAGGGAUUUAUGGAACCAUCUCCAGUCAUCCUUCCGCUGGAAGCCGAUGAAAGAACUUGUGAGCUAUUAUUUUAAUUGUUUUCUGCUUAGGCGGAGGUGUUACCAGAAUAGGACCGCACCAAAGAAGAUAGAUAGUGAUGAUGAGGAAGAGACAGAGUUUAGGUUUUUGGGAAACCGUAUGGGACAAAGUGCAACCAAGUAUGAGAGCACCAAGCGCACCGUUUGCGUUCAGAGUACUCACUGCAUGGAUCUGGAUGAUGAGUAG